AUGGAGUCAUUCAUUGCUGCUCAGAAUCAACUGAUUCCAACUCCUGCAACUCCUCAGCAAAGGACAAUCAUCCCAGAGAUCGUCUCAACACCAGUGUAUGUGUUUCCUACCAGUCAGCCUGCACAAGUCAUGCCCGCCAGAUUCCCGUGGGGAAUUCCUCCGAAUUUUAUGCCUGAAGGUUAUGCUCCAACUGUUGCUCUUAUGCCGGCAUCUCUACUGAUCAUGUCAAUGCCUUCUCCUUUUGCCUAUGCUAUGCCACGUGUUGAAGAAACCAUUUAUCAUUCUGAGUCGUUUGAGGGCCCUCAAAUGUACGAGAAAAUGGAUGAAAUGAAAGACCAAUUUCAAGAGCUGAAAAAGGAAUUGAAGACCUUAAGAGGUAAAGAUCUGUUUGGGAAAAAUGCUGCCGAAUUUUGCUUGGUACCCAACGUGAAAAUCCCUGUCAAAUUCAAGGUCCUAGGUUUUGAUAAGUAUAAAUGGAAUACUUGUCUGUUGAGUCAUAUUAUGAUGUACGCCCGCAAGAUAUCGACCCAGACAGAUAAUGGUCAAUUUCUCAUCCAUUAUUUUCAAGACAGCUUGGCCGAUAUCACGCGUUGGUGGUAUAUGGGUUUAGACAUUGCUAAUGUUCGUACUUACAACGACUUAGGUGAUGCCUUCAUCAAAUAA